UUACGUGAGACAGAGGAGACAACACAUCAUUGAAGUUGAUCUGAUCUAUGUGACUGGAAAGAGACGCAGUUUAGAGAUAAGGCUAUUGGAAGGAUGCUGAAAGGUCUAUGCUGCCACCCUAAGCCCUGAAGACAAGGAGUGAAGUUCAGCUUUAACCUCAGCUCAAGGAAUCCCAUAAUGUGACAGGAUGUAGUACUGACGUCACCAUGAUCACGCUAUUGAUCUACCUGGCCCCUUUGGCAGGUGUCAUCCUUACCCUACCUCAAGAGCUGCUGCCAGGGCUAGUAGACUCUGCAGAGCUUCAAUACGGUGGCAUAGAGUCCGGCCAGACAGCCUCAGACUCUACAGGUACUGGAGCCUCACUCUCCUCCCUCUGGUCCUACAGCACAGUUACCGAAGACAGGCACGGGAACAGGUACGACCACGCACUGCACGGCGACCAGCACGAACUGACGCCGUACUUCCAGGAUUAUGACAACACUACCAACAUCACAGCUCAACUUGGCUCUACAGCUUAUCUGAACUGUAGGGUCAAUAGACUUCGAGACAAGACGGUGUCGUGGGUGAGGCGAGAUGGUAGCAAGAUUAAACUGCUCACCUGGGGCCUCCACACCUACAGUAAUGACGCCAGAUACUCCCUGAGCUUCGAACACCCAAACAACUGGAAACUUCAGAUCAAGUACACACAGAGACGGGACCAGGGCACGUAUGAGUGUCAGGUUUCCACUCACCCCCCUAAAGUCCUCUCUGUCAGACUCAACAUCGUAGCUCCGGUAGUAGAGAUCAUUGAUGAGAGAGGAGCCUCGGUACAGGAGAAGUUCUACAAGACCGGCAGUACCAUCGAGCUUAAGUGUACCAUCAGUCAAAUGCCUCAAGCACAGACCUUCAUCCUGUGGCGCCACGGUGAUCAUAUGUUGAACUACGACACGUCCAGGGGUGGUAUCAGCGUCAAGACGGACAUGAGUUCAUCAGUGAUCGUCUCAACACUCUUCAUAGCCAACGCGACGCCCACGGACUCAGGCAACUACACAUGUUCCCUGGGUGACGUAGCUACAGGCAGCGUCCUUGUGCAUGUCCUCAAUGGAGAACAUCCAGCCGCCAUGCAACACGGCUCAGGCACAAAGGAUCUGUGUUCACUCUCCUUAGUGCUGGUGCUGGCUGUCCUGACCACCUUACUCAACACUCUUCACGCCUCCCAUGCAAGAUGAUCUCCUAGGUCACCUGAGCCACCCAGCCGACGAGGUCAACAGGAAAGGUCAAAGGGACGAGGUUAAAAUCGAGUGAAGGGAAUGGUGGAGGUUAAUGAGUAGUGGUUAACGAAUGAAGAAGGGUUAACGAGUGAUAUCAAUGGAGGGUGUUAAACGAGUGGUGGUUAACGAAUGAAGGCAAUGGAAAAGAUUAACGAGUGCAAGUUAACGUGUAAAGGAAAUUAACGAGUGGGGGUUAACGAGUAAAGGAAAUUAACGAGUGGGGGUUAACGAGUAAAGGAAAUUAACGAGUGGGGGUUAACGAGUAAAGGCAAUGGAUAAAAUUUUA